AUGCCUAAAUGCAAUGCAAGAGAUGACUGGUUUUUUAAAGAUGAUAUGCAAGGAUACAAAGUAUCAGAUUGGGGCAGAAAAACUGAUUGUUCUAGUGAAAUAUUUUGUUCUAUUUGUAUAUGUACUGUUGAUGUUAAAAAAGGUUUUCAAAGUCUGACUCAACAUGCAGCUACCAAAAAACACAAACAAAAUUCCCACAUAAAGCUUAAUAUUAAACAACUAACAUUAACUACAAGUACAAAUACUUGUUUACUUGAUUACUUGAUUACUUAA